AUGUCGUCAACCAAACUUCUCACGACAGUAACGCGACAACUACAUGUGCGCUCACCACCAACACUCAAAUCAUGUCUGCACCAUCACCGCCGUAGCGUGCACAAGCUCGCAUCCUUGCCAGAGGCCUUUCAGUUCAUCAAGAUCUCCCCAGAAAUCCAAGCUGCGCUGCAGCGCGGGGCGCCCGUCGUAGCACUCGAGUCGGCGAACAUCACUUGCCCGGCUGAGGUGGGGGCCUUGCCAUUGCCGCUCAACUCGGAAUUUGCGACCAAGGUGGAGCGAGAGAUCAGGAAGAUGGGCGCGAUACCGGCGACGAUGAUGGUGUUGGCUGGAAGGGUGCAUGUUGGUAUCGAGGACCCAGCUCUCUAUUACGAGAUGGGGCAGAGAGCUGCGAUGAAGGUCUCGCAGAGGGAGUUGCCGUUUGUGCUUGGGAUGCCAGGUCGACGUAGCGGUGGUCUUACGGUCUCAGCGGCAUUGACGAUUGCAUCAAUGAUUGGUAUCAAGGUUCUCGCAACGGGUGCCAUCGGCGGUGUCCAUAGAUCUGCGACAACACUUAUGGACAUCUCCGCUGAUGUUAACGAGCUCGGCCGGAGGAAUGUAGCAGUGGUAUGUUCGGGACCAAAGGUUUAUCUGGAUGCGGAAGGGACGAUAGAGUACCUAGAAACGAAGGGUGUGCCAGUAGCUACGUUCGGAAAGGGGACGAUGGAGGUCAAGCUCCCAGCACAUUACAGUACCGAGGGAGAGCUUCAGAGUCCGUUAGUGCUGAAGAACGCGAAAGAGGCGGCGAGGAUGAUCCAUACAAGUCACGAAUGCGGACUCGAAACGGGACAGCUCCUGUGUAAUCCCAUCCCGUACCAAAAUCAAUUGAACCUCGAAAUAGUUGAGAGGAGUGUGAAGAAAUACUUCAAGGAACGCAAGAAGCACAGUAAGAAGGACAAGGAGGUGGUUGAGAACAUGGUGUCUACAAUCCGGCGCUUCAAUAAUACAGACAGAACGGUAGCAGCGGAGAAGGUCAUGCUGAUGCACAAUGCUCAAAUGGCAGCAAAAGUGGCAAUAGAGCUAGCGCGGAUAGAGACGGGGAUUGAUUGGAGGUCGAAAGAUCGGACGGAGACGACGAAGGACAGGGAAGAUUACCGGCCCGGUUCAUCUCCGGAUCGAGAUCUAGAAAAUGGGCCAAAUCACAGCGCAAUAUAUCACGAUAAACAAACUCGACAGGUCUAUGUGCCUGGGAAGGGUUAUCUGCACCCGAUAAGCACAAUGCGCGACUCGGGGCAGCAGCUAGAUGAGCAGCAGCAGAAGAAGAAGCAGCAGAAGCAGCAGCAGGUGCGGCCAGUCAUCCGUCGGUCUCUAAGUAGAGACCCCUUGAGUGAUUAUGAGAUUUCGCGGCGGCAGCCCUUCCAGAGGUCGGACCAGUCUUCCGAAGAACCACGGAACGUCCUAGCAGAGUGGCCUCUGCCUGAGCCAGUGCCGCGAACGCAGGUAGUAACCGAGAGAGGUUUCACCAUACGGCGGGGGGCACACCUUGGGGUGCGAGUGUAA